UUACUUCUAGCACAGCACACCACAAACCAGUUCACCACCAGUUGUGCUGCCAUGGCGGUGUCUUGGGUGAUACUGGUGAUUCUAGUGCUAAACGUGGUGCUGGUGACUUCUUCCCCUACACCUGUUAACAAUUACCAGGUCCUCGCAGGUCACCAGGUAUGGCGGACUGAAGGUGAAAGAGAGGCGGCAGCAGUGAUGGGAAGGCUGGAGCGGGAGGGACUGGUGGAUGUGCUGGGACACGGUACAGUCUCAGCCGUCCGAGUCUUUCCCGAGAGCAAAGAUGUUGUCUCAGCGUCACUGCGGCGAGAGGGGAUCAAAUACCAAGUUGUGAUUCCUGAUCUGAGAAGCCAUUUUGCGGAGGAGAGAAGGCGAGUGAAAAAAGAGCUCCUGUCAUCACGGCAAAUGGAAACCUGUCUGGAGAGUGACUGUCCCAAACCACUCACUCAGAGAUACAUGACUUUUCCUGAGAUGGAAUGGUACCUUCACGAUUUGAAAGCCAGAUAUUCAAGAGUGGAGUUGAAAUCCAUCGGGAAAACCUUUGAAAACCGAGACAUUUGGAUGGUUCACAUUAAACCGACGGCAGCGAGAGGAACGAUAAAGAGAGACGCUAUAUGGAUAGAAGGAGGAAUCCACGCCAGGGAGUGGAUAUCAGAAGCGGUCACUCUGCAGCUGCUGGACAGACUAGCGGCAGACAAUACCAGCUUGACGAGAAACAUUGACAUCUACAGCGUCCCUAUUGUAAACCCGGAUGGCUACGAGUACUCCAGAACCACGAACCGAAUGUGGCGCAAGAACCGGUCCAUUGACCCGUCUGUGAGGCAGGACUGUCCCGGGGUAGAUCUGAAUCGCAACUGGGAUGAAGGAUACGGUGUCGGAGCCUCGACCAACCCGUGUAGUGAUACAUACCAAGGGAGGAACCCGUUUUCCGAGUUGGAGACGCGCGCCCUGAAGAAGGAGAUGGAGCGUGUUUCCUCAACGAACAACUUUAGACUGGUGAUGGCGGUGCAUAGUUACGGCCAGAAGCUUUAUUACCCCUGGGGAUAUACGAGAGAGAAAGCUCCCUACACUGCGGAAAUGAAAAGUGCAGGAGAGGCGUUUGCUCAGGCCGCGAGUGUGAGAGGCAGAGGCAGGAGAGGCACGCAGUAUGAAGUGACAUCAUCCAGCGACCUGUACUUGGCAUCGGGCGCCACUGAUGACUGGUCCAAGGGUGCCCUCAAUGUUAAGUAUGUUUACACGCUGGAGCUUCCCGAUGAAGGCUUCCAUGGCUUCGCACUCCCUCCCAGCCACAUCAAGUCAGCUUCUCGGGAUGUGUGGAGAGGUCUUAAGAAGCUGAUCCCACUGGCACGCGAGAAAUAGAAACUACAUGCUUUUAAUGCUAGUUAUACAUACACAACCACCACUGCCCUGUCAUCUGCCAUCACUGGCAUGAUGGUAUCACUUUGUAUUUGAAAGAAAGGGAAGAAAGGAGCUUUAAUCAGUAACUGUAUACAGCCACCACCAAAAACAGUAUUUUAAUCUUUUGUCACUUGCUGUUACUUCACCUUGCAUUGAACAGAGGGGAAAGAACUUGUUUUCAAUAUUUGUUUGAGUCACGUACCUACUGGCGACCCUGCCGCCACCACCGCCACCAUUUUGUACAAUACACGAUAAUGUUAUCAUUAAUUGUUACUUACUUUAUUACAUCCUAUGUAUAUCAAAAAAUGAAUAUCAAACCACUCGGUUGGUAAUCAUCAUAACUAAUUAGAAUAAACCUUUACCAUUC